AUGUCAACGAUAAAGAUAAGUCAUGGUGAAAGUACACCAAGAGUGAGUGCUUCGUUAUUGCCAAUGCAUAUAAAGUACAGUGGCUCUGCAAAUACUGCAGAUUAUUUUACGCCAUCCCAUACAACGGAAAAGCAAAACGAUGGGUCACAAGUUGAUACGGUAUACUUUAGAGGUCGAAGGCUUGUAGUAGGGAAACAAUUAAAUCUUGAAAAACUUGGGGUUGAGGGCUUUAUUGUAAAUAGCGUAGAAAAUUUAGUACGAGAAGAAAACGAAGCUGACGGCAGUGAGGUAAUCAAAACCGUGAAAAGCUUUCAAGCCACAGCGAGCUUUGAUUCUUUUACUCUAUAUGGACAUGAUGAAGAAGCUGAGCUGAAUAAACAGUGGGCAAUGAUACCUGAAUUUCUACAAGUGAGCAAGAUACUACAUGAAUAA